AUGAAUAAAAGAUGUAUCUUUGUUGGUACACUUUUCGUAAUUUUUUCUAUAGCAUUAAGUCAAGGUCUUGAAUGCUAUCAACAUGAUUUUUGUCAUGGUAGUUGUCCAGAAUUGUCAAAAAGCGUUGUUCAAUGUAAAAAGGAAGACGAUGAAUGUUGGAAAAUGUCGUCUCCAUUGGGUACAAAACGUGGCUGCGGUGCUCGUCGCUGCGGAUUGCAACUUAAUAUUGGUAUUCUUAAUUCUGCUCAUGUAUGUUGUAAAGAAAAUCGUUGUAAUUCAUCUAUUCAAAUCAAAAUAACAAAAACAUCUAUUAUCAUUACAAGUUUAAUUGCUUUUAUAUAUUUUAUGAUGUAA